GCCCCUCGCCCCCGUGCGCACGCGCGGCACCGCCCCCGUCUCCCCGGCGCUCGGAGCCCGAGUCCGCGGGAAGAUGGCGGCUCCGCUCAUCCCGCUCUCCCAGCAGAUUCCCACUGGAAAUCCAUUAUAUGAAUCUUAUUACAAGCAGGUAGACCCGGCAUACACAGGGCGAGUUGGGGCGAGUGAAGCUGCGCUUUUUCUAAAGAAGUCUGGACUCUCAGACAUUAUCCUUGGGAAGAUAUGGGAUUUGGCCGACCCAGAAGGUAAAGGGUUCUUGGACAAACAGGGUUUCUAUGUUGCGCUGAGACUAGUGGCCUGUGCACAGAGUGGCCACGAAGUUACCUUGAGCAAUCUGAAUCUGAACAUGCCGCCACCUAAAUUCCAUGACACCAGCAGCCCUCUGAUGGUCACGCCGCCAUCUGCAGAGGCCCAUUGGGCUGUGAGGGUGGAAGAAAAGGCAAAAUUCGAUGGAAUUUUUGAAAGCCUCUUACCCAUCAAUGGGUUGCUCUCUGGAGACAAAGUCAAGCCAGUCCUCAUGAACUCAAAGCUGCCUCUUGAUGUCCUGGGCCGGGUCUGGGACCUCAGUGACAUCGACAAGGAUGGGCACCUGGACAGAGAUGAGUUUGCUGUGGCGAUGCACUUGGUGUACCGAGCCCUUGAGAAGGAGCCUGUGCCCUCUGUCCUGCCCCCAUCCCUCAUCCCACCUUCUAAGAGGAAAAAGACAGUGUUCCCAGGCGCUGUGCCCGUCUUGCCUGCCAGCCCCCCGCCAAAAGACAGCCUCCGCUCCACGCCUUCCCACGGCAGCGUCAGCAGCCUGAACAGCACGGGAAGCUUGUCUCCCAAGCACAGCAUCAAGCAAACACAGCCAACAGUGAGCUGGGUGGUGCCAGUUGCAGAUAAGAUGCGAUUUGACGAGAUAUUCCUGAAGACCGACCUGGACCUAGAUGGCUAUGUGAGUGGCCAGGAGGUGAAGGAGAUCUUCAUGCACUCAGGCCUCACCCAGAACCUUCUAGCACACAUAUGGGCCCUGGCCGAUACGAGGCAAACGGGAAAGUUAAGUAAAGACCAAUUUGCAUUAGCUAUGUACUUCAUUCAGCAGAAGGUCAGUAAAGGCAUCGACCCCCCUCAAGUCCUGUCACCGGACAUGGUCCCGCCCUCUGAGAGAGGCACUCCCAUCCCGGAUGGUUCAAGUUGUCUCGGAUCCGGGGAGUUUACUGGUGUGAAGGAACUUGAUGAUAUCAGCCAGGAGAUUGCUCAGUUACAAAGAGAGAAAUACUCCCUGGAACAAGACAUCAGAGAAAAGGAAGAGGCAAUCAGGCAGAAAAGCAACGAAGUACAGGAAUUACAAAAUGAUUUAGACCGGGAAACAAGCAGUUUGCAAGAACUAGAAGCUCAGAAACAGGACGCCCAAGACCGCCUUGACGAAAUGGAUCAGCAGAAGGCCAAACUCCGAGACAUGCUGAGCGAUGUCAGGCAGAAGUGCCAGGAUGAGACCCAGAUGAUUUCCUCGUUGAAGACCCAAAUCCAGUCUCAGGAAUCUGACCUCAAGUCCCAGGAAGAUGACCUGAACCGGGCUAAAUCUGAGCUGACCCGAUUGCAACAGGAAGAAACCCAGCUGGAGCAGAGCAUUCAGGCUGGGAAAGUUCAACUGGAAACAAUCAUCAAGUCCCUGAAAUCAACGCAAGACGAAAUCAACCAGGCAAGAAGCAAGCUUUCCCAGCUGCAAGAAAGCCACCAGGAAGCCCACAGGACCCUGGAGCAGUACGACGAGGCACUCGACGGGGCCCACGGUGCCAGCCUGACUAACUUAGCCGACCUGAGCGAGGGCGUCUCUCUGGCAGAGAGGGGCGGUUUUGGAGCUAUGGAUGAUCCUUUCAAAAAUAAAGCCUUGUUAUUUAGCAACAAUGCCCAAGAAUUGCAUCCGGAUCCUUUCCAGGCCGAAGACCCCUUCAAAUCCGACCCAUUUAAAGGAGCUGAUCCCUUCAAAGGUGACCCAUUCCAGAAUGACCCCUUUGCAGAACAACAGACAGCUUCAGCAGAUCCAUUUGGAGGGGAUCCUUUCAAAGAAAAUGACCCGUUCCGUGGCUCUGCGCCUGAUGACUUCUUUAAGAAACAGACAAAGAACGACCCGUUUACCUCAGACCCUUUCACGAAAAACCCUUCCUUACCCUCAAAGCUCGACCCCUUCGAAUCCAGUGAUCCUUUUUCAUCCUCCAGUGUCUCCUCAAAAGGAUCAGGUCCCUUUGGAACCUUAGACCCCUUCGGAAGUGGGUCCUUCAAUAGUACUGAGGGCUUUGCUGACUUCAGCCAGAUGGCCAAGGUGAGGGCUUCCUGGAGCACAGCCUGCGGCCACAGAGUCAUACUUUCUUCACUCACUCUGCCAGUCUUCAGUAACCACCUGCUCCAGCCCAGGUACCAUUGGCAUGGGGCGGGGGUGGCCACAAGCAGAAAGCAGUCCCCAUCCCCUGAUUUUACCUCCUAUUGGGAAGGCCAAGAAACCAAAUGGUGGAGAGGGAGCUGGGGAGGGAGUCUCUGGGGCAUGUGGGUGUGGGAGCUGAGCAUCUGCAGCAAGGAGUCACUUGCUUCCCGUAUCCCACCAGCCCCUGCUGGGCAGCCCCGCCAUGCCAACUCCAUGUUCACUCAGCCUGAUGGGCAGACACUUGUCUGGGCACCAAGCACUUGUGGUGAACCUGUGUGUGAUUGUGGCACACAGCUUUUGAGAAACAUCUGAGAUUCCAUUUAGGUUUUCAGAGAAGCACGUGACCGUAUGUUGUUAAGGUAGCAAAUCCAGCUUCUGGCCGGAGAGAGAAUGUCUGUUUGCCCAUCAGCUGUCGCAGGAGGGAGCCCAGAGGUGCUGGUGUAGCCGGCUCUCUCAUUCCAGUGCCUGGAGGGAAUGAGCCUCCAUCCUCCAUAGGGAAGCUGUGACACUGAUGGUCGGGAUGCUGUCUGGGAAGGCACCAGGGCAGGAAGUCUGCUCGAACAUUUGUCUGUUGUUUGGUGGCUGUUCCACAUGCUCCUGCUCUUUGAGUAGAGCUGUGUGUCCUCUGCUUCUGUCCCUGCCCAGCAGGCAGGAAGUCAAACUCCUAAAAUCAGAGAACUUGUGCCACACGAUGGCAGCAAUCCCCAAAUGAAGGGGUCUGUAUUGUACUCUUAAGCUGUGAGAGCAGGCCUUCCCGUCUCCCUGCAGGAGGCUGAAGCCGGUGGCUGAGCAGGUGAGAGCUACCGGUGCCCAGGGCUGAGAUCAGGACAAGGGCACUGAUGAGGCCCCCGUUUUGAGAGGUGUGCUGAUAGAGGCUGCCUGGGCGGCCAGUCCGGACGGUCUCUGGUCAGGAGGAAUGGCCUGCCCCCUCCCUUCCAGGCAGUGUUUGAGUGUCCCGGAGCUGUGGAGACUCCCCGGAGCCAGGUGGUUCAGAGCCUGGCCCUGCCUGUCUUUUCUGCCCAUUCUAACCUAACCUUGCGUUUUCCCUCUGAUGCGGCUGCCGUCUCCCUGUCCGUAUGUCCCUUGAUCAGGUUGCACACACACGUGCACUUGUGACUUCAGAGCCGGUGGCCCCUUCCUGUUCGCGGCGCCCGGCGGGACAGAGCUGGACGGGGCCAUGGAAAAUUUGUCUCUGGUGCUCCUUUGUUUGGUUUCCACGCUCCUGUCAGCGCCUGAUGCUGUGCCACUUGUCCAGUGGAGCACCAAGCCCUAACCUUAUAGGUCUCUGUUUUUCCCUUUGGUUCCCUUUCUGUUUUUCAAGAAAAACAUCAUGUGUAUAAAUAAAAUGCUGAAGGAAAUGAAA